AGUCCUACCGAAUCAUUAAUAAUCAGCGAAGUUCCCUUCAACAAAACUUUGAGAAGAGUGGCUUACAAGAAGCCAGAGAAGUUAACAAUUGAUAUGGCAACUAUGAAAACAGAGCACUGAGACCAAAGUGUGGGAGUGGUAAAUGAUACUAUACAAUCCAAAGAAACGACUAUUUAUCAAACUUGUAGCAAGGAUCAACCUUUGAGCAAUGAUAUUGUUGUCCAGUCGUUAAGAGACUACCCUAUGAGAGUGUCUACUAAGGACUUAUCAAAAACUAUACGGUCCCCAAAGAAGGUUUCUCCGAAAAGUAACUUUUUGUAAUUUGUAGAGGCGAAAACUAAUCAGAUUUUGAGAUUUAUGAGGUCAAAAUACUCUAUAAUGAGCUCUCAAGAACCUAGAGGCAAGAAGAUUGCUAAUAAGAGCUCUGGAAAUUGCUAUAAUGAUAGCUUUCCAUGUAUCUAUAAUCACUCGUACUCAAAUAUUCCAAAGACUCAUAAUAUGAGAAGAGAGAAGCCUGCUCUGUGGAAUGAUUCUCCUACCAAUUUCUCUACUGAUAUGAAAUUUUCUGUAGAUCUUGAUAGUGUGAAGAGUACUAAGAAAAGAAUGAGCCAAAAAGAAUGCUCCUCGAAUCUAUUGAAUGAAUCGGAUAGACAAGCAUCUGGAAUGACUCACAGUGUCGAACCUGUGAUGGGAACGAAUACAAAUAAAUUCAUGUCAAAAAAAGAAAAACAAAAGAGAACUAUCCUCAAGUCCUCGAUCAAGAAUAUUGAUGGAAUUUCAAUAAAGAUUUCAAGUCAUGGGCUUAGUAAGGCUAAGAAAUCCAAAACUUCCAAGAAAAUUAAUAAAAUCCUUAAUACCACAAGAAGAGCAGAGCUCCACAGUAAAAGCUUGGCAAGAGAGGGGAAGAAAUCUCUCCAGGAAGAUCAAUCUACAGAAUAUUUUAGGCUUCUAUCCAUGCAGAGAAUGAAAGGUGUGAAUAUCUUAGCACUAAAGAACUCAAGAAAGUCUAUAGCACAGAGAAUAGAAUUUUCAGCUUCUCCAAAAUCAAAACUGGAACUUCAAGUUGGAAGUUUUAAGGUAAACCAGAAGGUGCAGAACCCUCUUUGUAAAAUCAAAAGAACCGCAUCGAACAGUAUGUCAUUAAGAAAGUACAGUGAGAAUUGGGUAGAUAAGAAUAUGAACUUAAUCGAGAGGAACCUCCACUGAUUGCAGAUUACAUAAGUAAAUUCAACUUAUGAUA